AUGUCGGCCAAGAGGGAAGAACCGAAGAAAAUUAACCUGAUGUGUGAUUACAAAGGAAUUAAGCAAGAAGGGCUAUUCAUCAAAAGAGGGAUGACACAGGAGCUGAAGAAUGAACUCAGGGAUGUGAGAGAAGAACUCAAGGAAAAAAUGGAAGAGAUAAAAAAGAUAAAGGAUAUCAUGGACAAAGAUUUCGAUAAGCUUCAUGAAUUUGUGGAAAUUAUGAAGGAGAUGCAGAAGGAUAUGGAUGACAAGAUGGAGGUUUUGAUAAACAUACAGAGUACCAGCAAGCAUCCCCUUCAGAAACAACCAAAGAAGCAGCAGGAACUCGGACAGAUAGGAAAGGAGGACUCCUCGCUCAGACUCAAGAAAACGGAAGACUGUGGCGGAGUAUCCCUGGCUAGUGACCAGGUGAUGGCGGCCCAGAAAACAAAGAACAUUGCGCUGGAUCCCCUCCACCCGUGUUCGACUUGCUGCGAGAAAUGUGUGUUGUGUGCCCUAAAGACCAACAGCAGUCGGGGGAUGGCUGAGAUGAGAAUACAAAUUUGUUUGAGAGGAACCAAUGUUAACUUUACUGGAAAGAAGAAUGAACUUGAACCGUGAUCUCAAAUCACAGUCUUUGGCAGCUCUGAUGACCUCUCCCAGAAGAGCAGAAAGUGAGAGAAGACAGGAACGAUGCAGAGCUCACGGAUGCUCUCCGCUUCUGCUGCUUGGUGGUGGUUGUGGAUGAAUACAUGCGUUU